GAUUUACCUAAAUUAUUAACCCUCCGAACUAGCGAAGGGGUAAUAGAAAUUAAAAAUUACAAUAGUAAGGCUGAAAUUUUUACUAAUCGUUUCUUCCUUAGAGUAAAUAUUCUAAUAGAGUAUUUACCGGACAGGAUUAAAUUAAUAAAUAGUAUUAAUUUAAUAAUUAAUAGCGAAUUAGUUAUUAAAGGGGAUGUUUAG